AUGCCCUUUGUAUCAGAUGCUGUGCCCAAAACGGCUUGCAACACACAGGCCUUAAACCGAUUGCAAUCAUUGUGCUACGAACCAUCUAUUCCAGUAGAAUCCAGGCAGAAACUGCUGGCUGUUCUAAAUACCUUGCAAAGCUCUAAUCAUAAUACUCUAAAUACCGUGUCUUUGCAGCCUAAUAAUGACGGAUUAUCAAAUACUAAACAAAAUAAAGACCAAACUUCGAAAGGAAUCGAUAUACAUGCACCGCUGUGGCAUAGGGCGUAUGCGCAAAAUGAUGGUGAACGGCGCUCGCGUGCGGUGGGGUUUAAUGUUGCAAUGUCCCCCUUCAGAAACUUUGCCAAGUCGAAUUCGUUCAACAAGCGAUCCCUUCCUGUGCUUCAAGAUCACACAGAAACCUUUGCCCAAAUGAACAAAGUGAUGUGUCAAACUAUACGCUAUGUAGAAUCCGUUUCUGAAUUAGAGUUUGACAUUAAUGAUGUCAAAGAAUAUGACAAUAGUAUUAUGGUUGACAAAGAGCGACUUUUUAUGUCCGUUUGUUGUAGUAUAUUUUCAAACUUCUCGCUCACGACAACAUUGAGCCUGGAUAUCUCAAAAUUGACUAAUUUUCUAAUCGACAUAUUUAACUACUAUUCGGAAGAGCAUUACUUCCACACCGCCCUGCACGCCGCGGACUCCCUUCAAAUGCUCUCCUUGUUCUUCCGCGAGCCCAACACCAACUUCCUCUUCACCGAUGAAGAGAUCCUACUGGCCUUUCUCAGUGUUCUAUGCAUGGACAUCGCCAACCCCGCCCUGCACUCCAUGACCCUUGUCGAGCUCAACCACCCGUUGGUCACGGUAUUUGGCAAUUUGUCCGUCAAGAAACAAGCCAGCCUCAUCGUCUUCCUGCAUCAGCUCUUCCUAGAUGAGAACUUCUUCAUGACCAUGCCACAGUCCAUGCUCUACGCGAAAAACCUGUUACAGGAGAGCCUCAACACCAUUGUCAUCUUCACCUCCAGCCGACUUCGGUCCUAUCUCAUGAACCAACUGCGCUGUGUGGCAAUGUUGAAUCGGGUGGAUGGAGAGAGCAUCCCGUACCUGCUCUCGGCCCUCACCCACCUUUCCGUGAACGCCUUCGCGUUUCGUCCGCGAAGGCAAUGGGUCUUCUGGGGAAACUGUUUGUACGCCGAGUGGAAAAGAGAGGCGGAGGAACGACAACGGCAUUGGUUAGGGGAGUUGUUUCCCAAUCUCAAUUACGACCCCCGGUCGGCAGUUGCGACACUUGUGGGGUAUUGCGCUUCCACGGUCAAACCACUUGCCGACGUCGUCAAAUCCCUCGUACCGACAGACCUUUAUGAUAAUCUAGAGCGAAAUGUAGAUCGGGUUGCGGUUGAGGCCGAGAUGGAAUCCACCCGAUGCGUCUUUUCAAUCCCGAAGGAAACGCGAACCUGGAGUGACAAUAGCUCGUCGGUGAUUGAGAUCCUCAGAAAGAAUACGGCGCACGCCAAUAGCUUGGAUCGGAAGGCCUCUAAGUGCGCCAUCCUAAAUGCCUCACCCCAGCGAUCUGUGACGUACUCGAUGGAAAGGCAAAACUCUAUCAUGCAGCUGUCUUGUCAACCUUCCAUCAGCGAUAUCGAAGUGGACUGCUUUCGAGCAUGUGGGAGUGAAGCAAAUCCUAACUCGGUUUCCCCCACACGAUCGGAACACUAUUUCUCGUUUCUGCGGCUUUAUGACGAAUUUGAACGAAGUGGCCGAUCAUCAUUGGAUUUUCUGAGUAAACUUAUCUUUUUUGCCUUACAAUUAGACCCACACUAUAUCGGACGCUACGCAAGGGAUGCCUUUGGGGAUGACUGUACGGCUCAGCAGUGUGGAGAAAUGGCGGUAUUAAUUCGCUCAGUUGAGGACACGCCAUCGACGGCUGAAGCCAUUGUCAAUAGCCGCUCUCGCAGUCAUGGGCCUACAUCAAUGCCAGACGAAUCGAACAACACUGAUGGAUUUAUACUUCUUCUGAUGAACAUGUAUAUACAACGUGAAGAAGAAACUGAACGAUUAGUUAGUUCACAUAUAUUACAAGAAAAUAUUAGUGAAGAUACCGAAUGCGAUUACAAGACAUCACCCUCAAAUAUAUUGCGACUGUCCAAAGACAAUAAAACACAACGUGACUCACCUAUACGCCUUCCUGACAAUCCUAUUACCUUAGAAGUAAAGAAUUCUUUUUCGAUUGAUAGCUUAAUAUCAGAUCUGGAGAGUAGCAAUUAA